AUGUUUCUGAAGGCGGGCGGAGGAAAACGUCCCCCAGUGCGAGCCUAUGGGUCUGAUUGUGUAGUUCUGAUGGAGCCCCCUGUGAGCAAGAGGAACCCGCCAGGGCUCAGAUUAGCGGAUUUGGCAAUGGCUCAGGCCCGGCCGCCUCAGAAUAUGACAGGCUUCCCGGCGCUGGCCAGCCCGCCCGCCCACUCCCAACUUCGCGCCGCCGCCGCCGCCGCGCACCUCCGCCCUCGAGACCCGGGCGCUGACCCCGGCGUGGCCGUCACCGCGCUCGGACCCGAGCACAUGGCCCAGCCACGCGCGCCAGCCACCGCCGCCGCCGCGCCGGAGCAGACGCAGCAGCAGCAGGAGCAGGAAGGCGCCCAGGACGGUCGGCAGCCCCCACCCGCCCGGCCCCGGGAAGUCGGGGAGGGCGAUGGGACGGGGGGCCCGGGCCGCCCCGGCGGCGCCUCCCUCCCCACUUGGUCGCAGGCCGCGAGCUGUCGCCGCGCUUCGAAGAGCGGGCGUGGGAGGGGGGAAAAACCUUUCAAAUGUGAAUUUGAUGGCUGCGACAGGAAGUUUGCCAAUAGCAGUGAUCGAAAGAAACAUUCCCAUGUUCACACCAGCGACAAGCCCUACUACUGCAAGAUUCGAGGCUGUGACAAAUCCUAUACUCACCCGAGCUCUCUGAGGAAGCACAUGAAGAUUCACUGCAAGUCCCCACCACCUUCUCCAGGAACCCUUGGUUACUCAUCAGUGGGGACUCCAGUAGGUGCCCCCUUGUCCCCUGUGCUGGAUCCAGCCAGGAGCCGCUCCAGCACUCUGUCCCCUCAGGUGACCAACCUCAAUGAGUGGUACGUUUGCCAGGCCAGCGGGGCCCCUAGCCACUUCCACACAACUUCCAGCAACGGAACCACCUCCGAGUCUGAAGAUGAGGAAAUUUAUGGGAACCCUGAAGUUGUGCGAACGAUACAUUAGAAUUUGUUAUUAAUAAUAAUGAGUGACAUAAUAUGUGGGAGUCCUUGGACCACAUCCUAACCUGAGACAAUACUGAGCCUGAGACAAACCCAUGACUCAGACUUGCCACCGGGUCUAAUUAGCCCUAUUUAUUCAGUAUAAAACCCUAUGGUGUUUGUACAUUUAGUUAAUUUAAUUAAGAUAUUUGGGCCUUUUUUUUUUUUCCUUAAAAAACAAACAACAACCAAGCUGGACUUGUACAUUGCAGGGGGACAGGACUGGGGGCAAAUUGUACCAAGGAAAAUGAAUGGAGAGAUUAAUGAAGAUCCACACUGCCAAUGCAAUAUAUAUAUAUAUUUUUUUUUUUUUCAAAGGGGGAGAAAAAGAGCACUAAGUCAGAACUUAACACAGCAACAAGGCCCUCUGCAUUUCCUGGAGUGCCUCUUGAAUGCCUUUGACACCCUAAUGUGGGCUGCUUUUGAGCCUCCUUGUUGGGCCCUAAUUCUGCAAAGGCCUCUUGAUUGUAAUCCACACACUUGCUGCAUUGCCAACAGAUCCUGGACUGUACCUGUGUCCAAAAGUAUUUGUAAAAACCCUUUAAGUUCUAAUAUUUGUAAUUUUUAUUUUCCACUCUUUUAUCACUGAUCCCACCUUAACACAAUAUUUUUAUACAGGACUAUUUCUUUAGUACCGUACUUAUGUGAUUGAAAAAAGAAAGAUGCAGCAACCUUAACGUAUCUCCAAAUAUUGUGCUACUGUGAUUGUUCAAGAAGUGGAGAGGAAAAAAGCUGCUGCAAUAGACAACUGUGAAACUGUGAUCUUUUAUAAAAUAGAAGAAAUUCAAGUGCUUUCUUUUUCCGCUAUGGUGGUUUUCUUUAAAAAAAAAAAAAAAAAAAUCUUGACAUCUCAGAUGCUGCCUCCUUUCUGUGUCCAAACUUCUUGUGUAAUAAAGAGAUUAUGUUUUGAAUCAUAAAUUCUUUGGGAUGCCAACAUUCACAGUCAAGUCUGAGGAGAUGUAAUGAUGGCAUCAUGCCUAUUUUUUUUUUGAAAGCUGUUGUUUUUAAAACAGACCAACCCCUCUUUUAUAUUGUUGUGUCAACCUUUUAAAAAGUCUUUUUUCAAUGCCUGAAGCUGCAUUUUAGUGCAUCUUCCACCUGAGCACUGAGCACACCGACCUCUAUUCCAUUUGAAAAUGACAGUGUGUGAAGUGUAUGAUUUACAUUAAAAGAGGGGAGGGAGUUGCUAUACAUAUUAAAAUUUUUAAAAGGUUUAUAGUUACCACCAAACACUGAUGAAUGUGUGACCUUUGCCAGAGCUGUCAAGCUAGGAUAAAAAAGGUCAAGGACCUAGGACAAUAACUCUUAGUCAAUUUAUUUUCGGUUGGUACAACACAUCUCCUGUGUGAAAUGUAGUCCAUCAGAAACAUCAUACAAAUAUACUAAAGAGCACUAAUUUAUCCUCAGAGACCCUGAAGACACCCCCUCCCCAGGGUUUGUAGAAGUUUGUUCUGUGUGCUGUGAGUGGUUGAUGUAGUCUUGUCAUUGUUAAUAACUUGUAUGUGAACACUAUUAUUUGUACAGUUGAAUUAAUUUAUUUUCAGACAUCAUCCUUUUUUUCCCCCCCUGGAAGAGUUCAAAGCACACCAAAGAAUUAUAUUAUACAUUUUGGUGAAAGAUUAUCCAUGGUUUAUUUAAGAAAAAAAAGGAAAGAAAAUGGAAAAAUAUAUUUUUAAACUUACUUGAAUGAACAACGUAAUGUGAAAACCGAGACUCUUCCUGCAUGUCUUUUUUGCAUUGUGUUGAUGAGAUUCUAUAUAGUUUAUAGGUAUAUUCUAUUACUAGCACAGUGCAUGGUGCUGUCACUUGGAAAGCCUUUCAAUGUUGUCUUCAGAUUGUUAUGGUGAAUAUGAAACAUGCAGAUCCUCCUUUAUAAAGAAAAAGACCAUAAAGCUUGAAUAUAAAAUAAUACUACAUUUUCUAAGUUUAUUUGAUUUUCAUAUUCAUUUUCAAAGUCCUUUCAAAUAGAAAAGGUAAGGUAUGAACUUUGGGGGGAUAAUUUAUGUAUCGUAAAAUUAGAACAAAAUGUUCCUGAUGUAUAAUGAGUUGUUUUAUUUAUACAACUUUUUCAAUGGUAGUUUGCACUAUUGUUUAUUAUGCUACAGGUUUAUUUAUUAUGAAACAAAGGAAUAUGUAUUUUAUGUAUUUUGCCAUCCAUAGGUUAACUCUUUGCCACAGAUUUAUUGGUUCCUGAUACACCUAAAAUAAAAAAGUGUGUACCUCCAAUAGAAAGAAAGCAAGAAUGAUUAUGAAGUAACAAAUUUAAUAAAGGUAUUCUUCCUA